AUGAUAUUAUUCCCGAAAUAUAAUUAUCCCCUUGCAGCUCUUAAACCCCACGAUCACGACUGGCGAUUUGUCCAGGGUCGAGAAUCUUCCAAGACUUUACAAACUACAAUAAUACCAGAGACAAUUAAGUCUGUCAGCAUCCCAAACAUCGCGUGGAAAACCGCUACCGAUAUCCACUUUCCACCCAGCUUCGACGAGAAAAAGAAGUACCCCGCCGUCGUCUCUGCCCACCCUAUCGGCUCCUGUAAGGAGCAGACUUCGGGCAACAUAUAUAGAAAGGCAAUAGCGGAGGCAGGGUUCGUUGUUAUCACCUUCGACGCUUCUUUCCAAGGCGCUUCCGGUGGUGAGCCUCGCUUCAUCGAGAACCCUAAGUUCCGCGUCUCGGACUUUCGCUUUGUUGUCGACUAUAUCCAGACACUUCCUUAUGUCGAUGCCGAGCGUAUCGGUGUGCUCGGAAUCUGUGGUGGGGGUGGCUACGCUAUUAAUGCGGCUAUAACGGACUACCGUUUCAAGUGUUGUGUCGGUAUCACACCUGUGAACUUUGGCCGACUCUCUCGCGAAGCCUUCAGCGAAUUCGACCCUGUUAGCUCAUUAGAAAAGAUGGCUAAACAGCGAACUAUUAAGUCACAGGGUGGCCAGCGUCUUAUUAUCAAUUUACUACCUCCAUCAGUCGAUGAGGCUAAGAAGUCGACUACAGACAUCGACGUUAUCGAAGCGACUGAAUAUUACAAGACCGCCCGCGGCCAGGCGCCCAAUGGCUACACUAGCGCCGUCGUCGGUGACAAACCCGGUGGUUUCGGCGCCUACCGUAAUGCCCAGGAGAUCUAUAGACGGGCAGGCUCCCAGAAGAAGCGCAUUGUCGUGCUCCCGGGUAUUUCGCAUUAUAUGCUUUACGACAAACCCGACGCUGUCAAGCCCGCAUUAGACCAGGUCCUUCCCUUCCUUGAAGAGCAUCUUAGUAUUACUAGGUAG